UUUUCCGGGGACAGACAUAUGCAAAAUAGACGCGCAUGCGCAUCGACCGAUACAAAAACCGCCUUCCGAAAACUUUCGCGAAGAGUGCAAUUACUGACGACAGCAUAUGGCACUUGCUCAUUUUUUUUUCAAAUAUUUUUGGUCAAUUUUCGAGGACAGACAGACAGCCAGACCGACAGACCGAUAACCAAGCGACAUGAAGAAGCUCCUGCCAAAGCUUAAAACCCUACUCUUAUACCCUAAUAAGUAGGCAAAAUCGCCAUAGUGUCUCCACAAAGACAACUUUCAAGCAUUUCAACUGCAUAAGCAGUGCCACUCUCUUCAUAUUGAUAGUUGCCAAAGACGCUUUAGAAUUGAGCGAAAAUCUAAACGAUUCUUCGUAAUUACACGUACUUGUACAUCACCACACAUGGUGGCCGCCAUGUUUACAGUGCGGCAACCCAGUUGCAUUAUGGGUGUAUCUUACUAGUCCUGCAUAUAAUUUGCAAACAUUUGAAGUCGUAAGGACAACAGAGGGACCAGGGAAUCAUGUCAACAUCCACCCCUCCGCCUGCUUUGUAAAUCCAGGAUCCGUCAAUGAUUCAGCAAACGAACCACCCACAUCUUGUUUGGUUAAAAAAAGAAGGUGCCUCCAUAUUUUGCCGUCUGCAAACACGGACAAAAUCAUGUACACAUUAUGUCAAAUAUCACCUGAAUAAAUCCCUUUCAUCUUAUUGGCGGUUGGUUGAUCACGUGUCAUUGAAUUAUUCUUCCCAACCCACGGCCCGGUCGCACCCCACUGCAAAAAGGAAGACCACUCUAGGCCCUCGGCAACGUGUCAGUUCCUCAUUACAAGAUUAUUUUAUAUAUUUAAUAUAUUAACUCUUCCAAGCAAGGAUAUUCCAGUCAUAUUUUGAAACACUGCCUUUCUCAUGUAAAGGCAGUAUACUUGCAAUAAAAAAAAUCGGUAUUCCGACCUUGAAAGCACCCGUCGAUGUUCAAAUACAGCCACAAAAUAUGCCGGUUAAUUUAAUCUGAAACGAAGCCUUGACCUGCAUUUGAAGUCCCGCACUACUUCAUUUAAUAUGUUAUCCUCGCUUUAUAGUAUACAUGGUUAUUUAAUGGCGUGUAGUGAUUUUGCGUUAUUUUUAUUCGGUAGGCUCUUGAGUAUGCAGUGAUUAUGAAGUUAUAGAGCAAAACCCGACAUUAAAAAUACGCUCUUGAUACAAAUUUUGUUUUUUCAGUCAUGGGAAAACAAAAAGUAGUGUUUUUUCUUGUCGCUAUGUGGCUUCUUACGGCCAAUGGACAAAGCACGGGUGGCGAUUCAACCGAGGCUAGCGGAAACAACGGACCAACACGCCGCGUAAAUGGCAAACUGGACCUGGUCACUGCCGCCCGGUUCGAAAGUGAAGUCUCCGGGCUGCGCGAUCGGGCCUCGUCCGCCUCCGAUGCGCCGGGCCUAGCGAGCGGAGGCCCGUCGUUGUCCGCGGCCAAGGGCACCUCUAAACGGAUCCUGAUCGUGGACUGUUUGCUGGACGGGAGUCACACGCACAUCCAGCGGACCAUGGCCAGGGAGCUGGCCUCCAGGGGCCACAAUGUCACCUGGCUGACGACAAAGGAGCUUCUCUACUGGCCCACGGAAGAAGACAAAAAGCUGAUCAAUUUCAGGUUGCUCGGUUCGCCCAUGGCCUAUUUCGAGAAUAAGCAAAGAAACCUGGAUUACUGGACGCGUAAGAGUCUAAGCGGGGAACUGUCGUCUUUUUCUUGGUAUGCGAAGAUGUGGCUAGGAAGGCCGGACGACCAAGUCCAACACAUUUUCGACGGAGUGGCUAGCCUGAUGAGAAUGUUAUUCCAGUCAACGGAUUUCGAUGAGCUCCGUGCAGCCAACUUUGAUCUGGUCCUUUGCGAAGUCAUGUUUCCGGCGUGUAGCUCGGUGGCCCACGACAUCCUUAAGGUGCCGUUCAUCAACACCGUUAACGGCGGCUUUCUGGGCACACGGUACAGCCGCUGGGCCAAGCAGCCCAGCCCUUUAGCCUACGUCCCCGAGUUCGUCACCGGGUACACAGACAUCAUGUCGUUCCCCCAGCGAGUCAAGAAUUACCUGAUAUCGGCCGCCACGCUGCUCAUCUACGACUACGUCCUGUUUGCCGGUGUGGACCGGGCCCGGGCCGAGGCCGGCCUGGACACCCGGAUGGGCACCAGAGAGAUCGUGGCCCGCUCCGAACUCUUCAUCCUCAACUGGGAUUUUCACAUCGAGUUUCCAAGACCGAUUUCUCCAAAUACGAUUCUGAUAGGUGGGCUGACAAUUGGUCCUCCAAAACCAUUGCCGCAGGUUUUCGAAGAUUUCAUCCAGGGUUCAGGCGAGCACGGGGUGGUCAUUUUCUCCGUGAGCACACUGCUACACGUCAUGGACAUGGAUAUGGCGGAAAUGAUCGCAGCGGCCCUGGCCAAACUGCCCCAGCGGGUCAUCUGGAAGUACCUCGGCGAGGAGAGGCCCGGAGCACUCGGUAACAACACCAUGAUCGUGCCGUGGAUCUCGCAGAAGGACUUGAUGGCGCACGAGAAGACCCGUCUAUUGAUCUACCACGGUGGCUUGAACGGAGGCUACGAGGCCAUGUACUACGGCGUGCCCAUUUUGGGGAUUCCCCUGUUCACGGAUCAGGUGGACGACAUGGUCCGGCUCAAGUAUCACGUGGGCAUGGCUGACUACUUCCCCAAGGGGGUGCGAGGUCUGACGUCGGAGCAGCUCUACCAGGGGAUCAGAAGAGUCUUGGAUGACCCGUCAUACCGAGAGAAUGCCACGCGAGCGUCGGGCAAGUUACGGGACUCACAGAGCGAGCAAGGCGUGACGGAGGGCUUGCCCUUAGCACGGACCGCCCGCUGGAUCGAGUACGCCAUGGAACACGGUACGGCGCAUCUACAGACGAAACAGGACAGCCUCGCCUGGUACCAGCACAUCCUACUCGAUGUCGCGUGUAUUUACGUAGCGGCGAUCGGAGCUGUUUUAUGGGCCUUGAAUAAAUUAUGCUGUUGUUGUUGUCGUAGACAAAAGCAGGGAUAAGAGCUUAAUCGUCGUACUUGGCUGCAGCGGCGGCGGAACGGGUUUGAAACUGGGGGGGGGGGCAUCACC